CCGGAAGUUCUCGUAGACACGUGGUCUGAAGCAGAACAUACGAGUAACAAGACAUUGGAGUUAGCUAGCUAACUUUCUCGAGAGUUUUGUGAAAUGGACUCAGCUGGUGUUAUCGAUUAAGUGUAAGACAGUCAUCUUGACCGAAAUAUAAAAUAAACCAAGGACAUUACAAUGUUUGGAUGUUUGGUUGCUGGUAGAUUGGUCCAUGGACUUGCAUGCAUGGCUGUCUAUGACUGUAAGAGUCCCAAAAGAGAUACAUCAUGAUGUCCCUACCAGAGGCAGGUGGGAGGAGCUAUGUGGACAAGCUCAUGUGUAAUGGCUGGAAUGUAAUUCAUGGAACUGUAUCAAACAUAUGGAAACCAAGUUUGACUCCGUUCCAUUCCAUCCAUUGAGUCCAUCCUCCUACAGCUCAUCCCUACUUAACCCAUUUAUCAGUUUACAAAAAGAAGUGGCAGGGUCAAACUGCUGAAAUACAUUAACAGAUUGUGCCUUUAAUUAAAUGAAAAGUACCUCUUGAAAUAACUCCAGCUCAAGUAGGAGUUACAAUUGUCUUUUAGGUCCAGACCGAUGCCCAGCAGGUUGCUGGUGACAAGUUUGUCUUCAACCUACCAGACUAUGAGAAUGUGAACCAUGUAGUGGUGUUCAUGUUGGGCACAGUGCCUUUCCCUGCGGGGAUGGGUGGAGCCGUCUACUUCUCCUUCCCGGACCCUGUCGGUGGGCAGGUCUGGCAGCUCCUGGGUUUCAUCACCAACGACAAGCCAAGUGCCAUCUUUAAAAUAUCUCAAUUAAAACCAGGUGAGGGUGGAGAGCAUCCAUUUGGGAUGAUGACAGUACCUCAGCUUGCCUCCGUGGCCCAAGUUGGUGUGUCUAUUGAGCCUUUGGAGCAGCUGGUCCAACAGACGCCUGUAUCAGGUGCCACUGUGUGCGCUGUUGACUCCUUUAUGCAGUUCACUCAGAAGAUGCUGGACAGUUUGUAUAAUUUCUCCUCGUCUUUUGCCGUUUCCCAGUCGCAGAUGACUCCAAACCCCUCAGAAAUGUUCAUCCCUGCCAGUUCCAUCCUCAAAUGGUAUGAGAACUUCCAGAGGCGCAUGGCUCAAAACCCUAAUUUCUGGAAGACUUGAGUUGUUUCGACGAUACCACAGUAUUAGAGGCAUGGACAGAGAAGACCAAAGAAUGGUCCUCCACAGAAGACGAAAAAGAGAUCUUGUUUUAUAGCAACAAUUACUAGGUGUUUUGUCAAAUAUUAAAUGUUUCUUAAAAUUC